UCAGGACGACUAUCGUGGUGACCGGAGCUUUCUGGACGCCUUUUCAGAAGGUGGCAGACAUGGCGAUGGGGACUAGAGGAGCCACUAAGGAGAUCGGCUCGGCGCUGACCAGGAUGUGCAUGAGACACCGCAGCAUCGAGUCCAAACUCAAGCUGUUCACCACAGCGCUCUCCGAGGGUUUGGUCUCUCCUCUGGAGCUAAAGAUGGAGGAGUGAAGAAAGUGGGCCAGUCAGCUGGACAAAGACCACGCUAAAGAGUACAAGAAGGCCAGAGCGGACAUCAAGAAGAAGUCGUCAGACACCAUCAAACUGCAGAAGAAGGUGAAGAAAGGUAAAGGGGAGGUGCGCCUGCAGCUGGACAGCGCUCUGCAGGACGUGAACGUUCGUUACGCCGUGCUGGAGGAGAUGGAGAAGAGGGCGGUGUGCAGAGCUCUGAUCGAGGAGCGCUCCAGAUACUGCAGCUUCGUCAGCAUGCUGAAGCCCGUGCUGGACCAUGAGAUCAACAUGCUGGGGGAGGUGACUCACCUGCAGACUAUUCUGGAAGAUCUGAGCAACCUGACAGCUGAACCCAAUAAACUCCCAGCAGCCAGCGAGCAGGUGAUUCUGGACCUGAAAGGCUCAGACUUUAACUACAGCUAUCAGACUCCUCCAGCUUCUCCCAGCAACACCCUGUCCAGGAAGAGCAGCAUCAGCAGUAACUACCAGUCUGGAUCAGUGAGACACGUUCCCUCCUUGGACUCAAUCAGCUGUGAAGUAGAUGGAGUUCACAUCCAGGACUCAAUGGGCUCGACCAAUCAGCUCGCAGCUGGUGGUAGCAUGGGGACAGAGAACGGCCUCCUGGCCCCCCCACAAAACGCCUACACACACCAUGGAGAGAGAGCCAGAGCCAUGUCUGCAUCUGGGAAGUCUUGCUCGGCCCGUGAUCAGCUGUUGACGUUGGGUGCGUUGGGUUCGGACGCCCAGAGGAGCAGCAGGGACUCUCUCCACUGCUCCAGUGGAUACAGCACGCAGACCACCACCCCCUCCUGCUCCGAGGACACCAUACACACACACACUGUAAAGAGAGAGCCUCCUAUCUAUGUUGACUACGAGUCCAUCUCUCUCCACGGAGACCUCCGACUCCUUGCACCACCCUCUCUCUGGGAAAACACCAACCAGUCGGAACAUUCGACAAAAUCCUCCACCAUGCCGAGGAACUCCGACCUCAGCUUCCAGUACAGGAAGUUCGCUCAGUCCAAACGUCCCGCCUCCAACCGUCAGCCUAUUGGCCGAACCGGAGCUGACGAGUCGUUCCGGACGCCAUCAUCAGAAUGCCGCCGCCCUCCCACACCGCCACCAUACCGUCGGAACCAUCGUCAAAACCGGCGUAUCGCAGGGGAACCAUCAGCGGUGGGGAUGCCCAUUCCCAUCUGGCAUCCCACCACGGUUCCCAUUAAGGCAGGAAAACCGGCAGCGAGGAGCUCAUCUUCAACUCCGCCGCAGGAGGGUUGGGUUACAGCAACUGUGCACCUCCACCCAGAGUCUCUGCGCCCUUCCCCCCCUCCUCCCACUCCUCCCACUCCUCCCCCUCAUUACCAACUGGUGCCGGGAAAAUGCCAAUCCCAGUGCCGAUUCCCACCGUACCACCGGGAGGGCAGCAACGCCAAACUGUACCAGCAACAAGUGCAGGAGCAAGGCAACCAGCUGAAUCACUAUCAGCAACUACAGCAGCAGCAACUACCAUACAACAACCAACAACAACAACAACUACAACAGCAACAACAACAAACAGCAGCAACUACAGAUCCAACAGCAGCAGAUCCAGCUACAGGCAGUUUCAACCCCACCAGCCACAGGUACAGGAACAACAAAACCACCAUCAGCAGCUGCAGCAACGCAGUCAGAUUCAGUCGCAGCAACAACAACAACAACAACAAAUCCCACAACAACAGUACAACCAACAACAACAGUUUCAACCGCAGCAACUUCAACAGCAGCAGCAGCAACAACUGCAGAUCCAGCAACAACAACUUCAACAGCAGCAACAACAACAACAACAACAGUUUCAACCACAACAACUUCAACAGCAGCAGCAACAACAACUGCAGAUCCAGCAACAACAACAACAACAACAGCAGAUACAACGGCAGCAGCAGCUCCAGCCUCACCCCGACCUGACCUCUCAGCAGCAGAAGCACCACUCAGUUUCCAGGCGUCCUCUGCCCAGGAUGAGGCCUCCUCUCUGGGCCUCGCUGUCCCCAUCACCCCCUGGAUCCCCCGCCCCCCUCCCC